AUGCCGAAUUAUAAUGGCAUUGAUCAAAAUAACCUUCUUCCUACCCCCAAAUAUCGCUGCACCGUCAUCCUCGUCGUCCCGCAUACUCGCCUUGGGCGAGCCGCGCCUGGAGCGAAGCAGGGACCCGCGAUUCGUUCUCGCCGCCGGGGGGAGCUGCGCCUGGAGCGAAGCGCGAACCCGCGCCGCCCGGCGAUUCGUCCUCGCCGCGGGGGGGGGGGGGGGGGGGGGGGGAGCCGCCCCGGGAGCCAGGUGGGGAUCCACGCCGCCCGGCGAUUCGUCCUCGCCGAGUGGGAGCCGCGCCGGGAGCCAGGCGGGGAUCCACGCCGCCCGCGAUUCUUCCUCGACGAGGAGGAGCCGCGCCGGGAUCCAGGAGGGGAUCACGCUGCCCGGCGAUUCGCCCUCAACGAGGGGAGCGCUCCAGAGCGGGGUCGACUGCGAUUCAUCCUCGGCGACUGGAAGCGCUGCGAAGGGAGGCGCGACUCCACGCGGGGGCCUGCACUCCAGUGGUGCACUGAAGGUGCUGCAUCCUCGUCAAGGUUCCAUGUUUUGGGAGCUACGAUGAUUCAGUUAUCUAGACGCAGGCUAUCUGUGCUGAACCUGUGCAGUGUUUUUGGGACCAUUACUAAAUCCCCUAUUGAGGAAGGGAAGGACGACUCCCCACGUGGGCCUGCACUUCAUUCGCUGCUGCGAUAGUGGUAUAUUUGUUAUGAAACUCAUGCAAAGCCACGAUGGCAACAAGCAACACCUAUUCAAACCAGAAGAUGCAAAACCACUACGGGAAUGCAUAUCCUACUACCGACACAUGCAUGCAACGAAAAGUACAACACCCUUGUAGACAUCAAAAAAAUACUAACCAUGCAUGGUGUCACCAUUGGAUUCUAUCAGUGAAGAUGUUUUAUGGUUUAGAAUAAUAGCUAUAUUCGAUGAAGAAUAUGAACAGAGCUAUUAGUUUUUUAGAUUAUUAUAUGUUCUAGAAUGACAGCGAAACAGUCUUCUUUUUAUUUGUUUCUACUGUAAACCUAAACUUAGAGAUUUUUUGAGAUUUAGUUAUAAAUCUGAGUUGUUCUACAUUUAUA